AUGCCUGCAGAACAACAAAAAUUUAUACUAGACACCCCAUCUUCUCCAUCAAAAUCAUCAUCACAUAUAGAACCAAUAAUAACACCUGAAGAAAUUGAUUAUGAAUCACUUCCAGAAGGUACAACAUUAACGUCACAAUGUAUAGCUGGUGCAUUUGCUGGUAUAUUAGAACAUACAGUGAUGUACCCCGUUGAUGCAAUAAAGACAAGAAUGCAAGUUAUGAAUUCUCAAGGUAAGAGUAAUUUAAGUGGUAGAGUUAUUUCAUCAUUAUAUAAAAUAUCAUCAACUGAAGGUUGGACAAGUCUUUGGAGAGGUACUUCAUCUGUUAUAUUAGGUGCUGGACCUGCACAUGCUGUUUAUUUUGGAACUUAUGAAUAUGUUAAAAAGCAAUUGAUUCAUGAAGAUGAUAAUAGUCAUCAACCUCUUAGAGUUGCAAUUGCAGGUUCUGCAGCUACGGUGGUUAGUGAAGCUUUAAUGAAUCCUUUUGAUGUUAUUAAACAAAGAAUGCAAUUACAUACUGGUUUACAAAAAUUAGGAUUAGGUGGGACUAUUGCAAAAGUUUAUCAAAAAGAAGGUAUCAAGGCUUUUUAUUAUAGUUAUCCAACAACAAUAACAAUGACUAUACCUUUCACUGCAUUAAAUUUUGUUGUUUAUGAAAGUUCAGCCAAGAUAUUAAACCCUAAUGGAGAACAUGAUCCUUUAAAACAUUGUAUUGCAGGUGGGUUAGCAGGUGGUGUAGCAUCAGCUUUAACAACUCCAUUAGAUUGUAUCAAAACUUUAUUACAAACAAAAGGUGAAUUUCAAGAUGUAAGAAUUCAAAAUACAAAUUCACUUUAUGGUGGUGCAAAAAUAAUAUAUCAAUUAGAUGGGUUCAAAGGGUUUUGGAAAGGUAUUAAACCAAGAAUUAUUUCAAAUGUUCCUUCAACUGCAAUUUGUUGGACUGCUUAUGAAAUGGCAAAAUAUUAUUUAACAAGAAAUCAAUCUACAAGUUCACCAUUGUCAUAG